AUGGGCGAUCAGAAGGCGGAGGCUGUGAGCGACUUCGCUAAACAAAAAAGCAUUCGAGAGCAGCGACAGUUUCUGCCCAUUUUUGGGGUUCGAUCAGCCCUGAUGCGUCUGAUUAAGGAACACCAGGUAUGCGGCUUAAGUCAAAACCGUGUUUGAUUUUCCCGUUCCUCCCUUUGUCCAUGACCGUUUGCUUUCUCCAUCUAGAUUGUCGUGAUUGUCGGUGAGACGGGAAGCGGAAAGACGACGCAGCUGACACAAUAUCUUCACGAGGACGGCUAUACUACUUACGGCAUGGUGGGUUGCACCCAACCGCGACGCGUAGCGGCCAUGUCAGUCGCCCGACGCGUGGCUGAUGAGAUGAACGUGCCUUUGGGAGACGAAGUGGGCUACGCCAUUCGUUUUGAGGACUGCACAAAUUCCAAGACACUGAUUAAGUAUAUGACCGAUGGUAUACUUCUGCGUGAAUCGCUGCGUGAGAGCGACCUCGAUCCCUACUCGGCAAUCAUCAUGGAUGAGGCGCAUGAGCGCUCGCUGAACACCGAUGUCCUCUUUGGUCUUCUUCGCGAGGUCUGCAUUUCCUCUAGAAUUUCAGGCCUGCCUCUCCUUAGUUUACAUGAAGUAUAUUUUUGAGGACUUAAAGCCACGCACCUUUUGAGUUAGCUAAUAGCAUAAGUUAGUUGCCGUUCUUGCUGUCAGCAGGAAGGUCAACUGUCCUUUCCUUGAUUAUACAUUUCGAUUUAAUCAGCUACUCCCAUCAUAGUGAUUUCACAAAGUCCAUCUUAGUUUUCAGUCACCAAAGUACUCACAGUAGUUGCACCUGUGGAAUAAGUACCGACGUAGUCAAGGGAGACUUAGAUGAUCAGUUCUGGUUUCUUAGCUGUCGUCGCUCAGCGACACCAACCGCCAUACUGCAUCUUGGUGAAUAAUAUUCCUGAUCGCAACCGACGGGAUAAGAGCCCCUGACUUGGUGUAGAGCCGUGCGCUGGGUUAUCCCCAUAAGUUCGGACGCAUUUCAGUUAUUCAAGAUUUUAGCAUGUUGUUAUUUGUUCAAAGUUUUCAUGUUAUGCGUCGUUUUGUUCCUCUUGCCAAGCAUUUGCAGAAUUCGUUUAUAAUUUUCCAUUUAAACUUCGAUUAUCUACAUCCACAAGGAAAUGAGGUGUUAAGCUGGCAAAAAAUGAAUAUUUCGGACAUCUUUUAUUAGUUUUACAGAGGAGGGAAAAAAAUUGAGGCCGUCAAAAACAUUUGUGCGAUUUACGGAGAAGGUUCUUUUGCUAAAAGAACAGCCCUUAAUUGGUUUGCCCAUUUCAAAGAAAGCGAUUUCGGUACGACGGACUCCCUGCGCUCCGGGCGAAAGUUCUUCUUUCAUGAGAAUCGUCCCAAUGCUUCGGUCCAUGCAGAUCGCCGUCAAACAAUUCAAGAACUGACCCAAGAGAUGAGGCUUGACAAAUUAACAAUAGCUCGGCGUCUGCGAUCGAUGGGGGAGAUCUAUAAGCUUGGUUCUUGGGUUCUGCACGCUUUGCGCGCCAGUAGCGGCCCGGAAUCGCGUCACCCAUUAACAGCGUAAACCACUUUUGGGGCCUAUUAGUACUUGCGAAGAAAAGUGGUGCUUAUAAGUUAAUAUGUAACAAAGGAGAGAAUGGUUGGGCCCCAAUAAGCGAGCAACACCUCGAAGCGAAGCCGAUCCUCAUCCUCGCAAGAGGAUGCUGUGUCCGAUGAGAUAUGGAGGGAGUUACUUGUUAUAAAUUGUCUGAAAGAAAGCAUCUUAUUCAUGCAGAGCUUUAAAGUCAACAGCUUUGCCGUCUAGCCAAAGCAAUACUACAAAAACGCCCAAAUCUUCGAAUUAGUGUCAUUCUGCAGCAUGAUAGCACCCGGCCUCGAUAACAAUCUGACCAAAGUAUCCUUCAAUAACGACGCGGAUCUUCAAAAUUGGAUCAAUGACUUCUUUGAGUCAAAACCCACGAUUACUACGGGCGGCGAUUGGAAACGUUGGGAGGAGGUUAUGGACAACGAAGGGGAAUACAUAAUGGAUUAAUUAUGUGACUGAUACAUAAAGUCUGAUAAAAUUUUCAAUAAUUGAAAAACGCACGAACUUAUAUAUCAACCCAAUAAUUAGCACCACGGUGGCCAUAAUUGAGAUCGUUGCCUCAUAUUUUCGAAAAAGGCUGAGGUAUGGCUGGAUGACGACGGAUAGCGAACCAAUAUGGUCAUCUCAGUCUCAUUUGUCUUCGUCGAUAUUUACUCUGCAUUAUUACUGAUUGCUGUGCGGUCGACUGAGAAAACUCUAGAUUUGAUUCUAAGGCACAAGUGUUAGCCAUGUUGUGUACUCCAACAAAAUAGGGGGACGACCCUUUCGCACAAAUAAUCAGAGUUUUUAUCGCCAUUUUCGUUUUCUGACUCCUAGUUUUUUAAAUAAACCUCAGCUCAACUGGGUCUGCUGAGAUUGUCUACCUAAACCUUUCUAAUCCUUUCACACGCAGAUCGUUAGCCGCCGUAACGACCUAAAACUGAUAAUUACUUCGGCCACAAUGGACGCUGAAAAGUUUUCACAAUUUUUCGGCGACUGUCCAACCUUCCAUAUACCCGGACGUACCUUUCCUGUCGAUAUUCAGUUCAGCAAGGCCCCCGUCAUGGACUACGUAGAUGCUGCUGUCAAGCAGUCAAUCCAGGUGCAUCUGGGUGCUCCGGAAGGUCAGUUUUCCAUACAGUGCCAAGUCUCACCUUCUAGUUCUUGUUAACUUUGAUGUUACAGCCUGUCCAAUGAGCCAUUUUUAGGUGUUCAUGUCAUUGGAAUUUGGGGACUGUGGCCAUUUGUUAAACAGUGUCAUCUAUUUUAAAUGUCAGUUUUUACAAGUUAUCUGAAGGCUAUUGUGUUCCCUCUCAUGGUUUUGGUGUGCCAUUUGUUAUUCUGUUUUACGAAAUUAAUCUUAAGAAGUCCUAUCGCGCAAAGUUUCACCCUGAUCAACACCUACAAUUGAACGAUUUUACUCGUUGCUACCGCCUUAGGAGUUCAUGCGUCAUUGUACAAGGUAACGUAAUCCAUUUGACCUCUACUAAAGAUAUUAAAUCAUUUAGGCGUCUCUAGUUCCUACCAGUUAACUAAGGACAACUGCAAGUAUACGAAGUAUGCUGGCGUUUCGAACAGGAGUCGUGCGGCAAAACACACGUUACAUUGCCGUAUUGCCAUACCAGCACAUUUUCCCACUGCAACAAGGAUGAUAGUAGUGAUGGUUGUGGGGGAAGGGAAGGAAAUGGAUGGAUAGGAGGAGACAGCAACGGUAGUGGCUGUGAUUAUUCGAAGUAUAGUCACAUACGCUGACUACACCUUAGUCAACUCGCGGUUUUGUAGCUGAGCUCAUGAUAGCAAACCCACACAAGGCAGCGUGACCGGCAACCCGCACUCCUCGGACCAUGUUUCCAUUCUAACCUGUCUGAAGACAGUCCUUCCCGUUGUAACUACAAUAUUCCGUUCUGAAGGCUUAAAUGUUGUGACGCCUCCGCACUCUAACACUGGAAAUCGGUCUCGCUCUGCAGACACAAUUGAGUGGGGAAGCCACAGCAAGUGGUCAUAACUGAAGUUAUCAAUCAAGGAGCAGGUUAGACCGUUCUCGAAUUCACAACGCCGCCGCAAUAAGAGGACCAUUGCAGCCUUAAAAGUUGUUGACACGGUGAGAAUUCACUCAUCCAACGAAUUAGUGCUUGUCCCACCCUUUUACAUUGAGUGGCCAUUCUCGCGACGUUGAUGCUGCCUUUAACAUUGAAAACUCGGUCAACAGGAAUCGGUCCCUCGAGCAUUUUGAGUGCUCUCUUAAUUCGGUAUGCAGCUCACUAAAUCGUCUCAAUAGUACAGCUUCGUCCAUCAAGCCUAUGCGGUCGCGUAUGCUCAUUUUCAUCAUCUUAGACGCGACUACAUAACAACGGGGCGCCCGUAUACGACGAAAUCCGCGAUAAAGUCAGCAAGUCUCGGGCCGAUACUGGCGCCCUGGCUCCAUAAUAUGGUGGAGCAAGCGUAGGCACAGUUGUGUCUGCCUUCAAGAGGGGAGGUAAGGCAACGCACACGAAUGACCGCGGAGUAGGCCACAUCACAAUUAUUACCAUCUCCCCAGGCGGUUUUAGUAUGUGCUUAAGCCAGCGACGAGGCCCAGCCAGGCCGGCUUCCCGGUUGAAUUUAUGUGUUGCAAGCUAAUGCUCACGCCAUGUCGCAUUCGCAAAUUCGGUCAUGACUAUCCUCAGCUGGCGGCUGUGUCUUAUUGACGUUGCCGCAGCGUUCGAUGUCGUUCAUCCUGACUCCCUAUAGUGGAUAAUGAGACAAGACAGUAUAGCAAAAGUAAGAGAUCCGGGUCGGUAAUCUGAGGAGAAUGAAUUGCUCACCGGAUCGGGGGACUUUUCUGGCUGACGUUUCGAAGAGCUGGGGCUGCUCUCCAUUGUCACCGUGACGAAGACAAGACAAUCACACGGAGCCUAAGAAUGUCGAGCAAACACGGCCUGUCGACCACUUCACCCGAAAGGGGAAAGCAAACGCAACCAACCCCAAGUGAGGUGACGACACGUAUUACAGGAGGCCACCAACAUUCACAGGCGACGGCCAGUAGGCCGAGGCAGAGAAGGAAGAAAAAAAAAUCGAUCAGCCCAGGGCCAACUAAUGCGGCAGUCUAUUCAAAAAUGCUGUUCGAUUUUUUCACUUGACGCUUUGACAAUGGAGAGCAGCCCCAGCUCUUCGAAACGUCAGCCAGAAAAGUCCCCCGAUCCGGUGAGCAAUUCAUUCUCCUCACAAGACAGUAUGCCAAUAAUCGCUCCGCUUAAAGCCGCCUAGCGCACCAUCAUUUUCCGAGUUUUGCUCCACGAUAAUCGCUCCCAACAGCCUGAUUCUCGGUCUAACGUUCGAUAAACUUAGACCCGUCGCCCGUCUAAUUUAACCACUACACUGAAGGGUCCUGUGAUAUGCAAAUUGCCACAUAAAAUGGCGUGUAGCGUUCGUCUAUUUGAUCAGUCCCCUUGUACUGUUGUGAAUGCCUCUUCUUGGACGUUGACCACAUGUGAAUACUGAAGGUGGCUUACCACCGAGGACAGUCUAAGCAAAUUAAACCGACUUCUAGAGUGACAUCGUCUGCGCUCACUGCAAUAAUAUCGCAGGCUAUCUAUGACGGCACGGAGGCAAUAAAUAAGGUGAUUGGACGCGUUCUUCACCCGUUCUAUGAAUCCAGUGUUGCUGCCUCCGUUCCGACGCUGUUGUCCACCUGAAGAUGUCGAAGAGGUCUAGUCGAAGUCUGGCUCAACACGUUCGGUCAGGACAUGAAAGUGAUUCGCCGACCUUCGGUAUUUCGUGGGCGUUGAUGGAGGGGAGAGCGAAUAAAGCUGUUCUGGUCUACUGUCGCUGUUCGUCGCUUGUUGAAAAGUACUAUCUUCAGCUUAAUUUGAACUAGCUAGACUAGGCCCCUCCGCAAUCCUAACCAUUGCGAGUAUGCAAGUCCUCACAAAGCAGUCAUCGAAUUUUCUCUCUUCUCAUAAGUCUGGUGUGCACUGGACUACCCCGUCGGCUGAAACGCCACCGCUUUUUGUUCGGUCAUCUGUACACUGGUCUGAGGAGACCUUCAUGUCUUGCUCUACUAAGUUUAUUUUUUAUCCAUAACCUGACCACAUAUCUUUUUGUCUUGUUUUCAACAGGCGACAUUCUCAUAUUCAUGACUGGACAAGAAGACAUCGAAGUGACUUGCGAACUGAUUGCAGGUGAGUCCUCUUCCGGUUUUUUUACCCAAAAUAUUUCAAACGUCUAGAUUAUACUAAAGCCAACAUUAUUUAUAUGUGCACCCUCAUCAUCCAGUCCCGUCACGUUAACUUUUAUACAGAACGGCUCGGCAACUUGGAGGAAGCCCCACCACUUUCCGUCCUCCCAAUCUACUCCCAAUUGCCCAGUGACCUCCAGGCCAAAAUAUUUCAGAAGGCUGAAAAUGGCAUCCGAAAGUGUGUUGUUGCGACAAACAUUGCUGAAACCUCACUUACCGGUAAGAGGAGCCUUUAGAACGUGCCAUUUUAAAUACCGUAUAUUUGUUGACUUUUGUACGGAGUGCUGUGUCCGAGGGCCCACAUUGCGACUAUACGGUCACAUCCGGCUCAUCACUGUGGUUGAUGAAGGUGUGGUCCAAUGAACACAAUUUAGAGUAGAUCUCAUGUUACUGGCGGUAGGCGCAAUGGCGAUAAUGCUUUUUAUGACGUAUAGAGUGUCCCCGCUGGUGUUGCCAUCGGCAGCAAUAGUAGUAGUAGUAGUAUGCUGUUAGAUGAUGAAGGGUUUGGUCUUUUAGCCACUUCAUUGUGUCCGCAGAUGUUCAACGAAAGCGGCCCGUGCUCAGAAUGUCCGUUAUCAGCCUGGCGACGAUGAGGCAUUGGGUGUUGGCGUCAUUGAUCCAAAGCACUUAAUCCUUGCGAGUCUAUGUGCUUUCGCAGCGCCUAUUCGGUUGGCUUCGAAGGUGUUGGCUCCAGUCUUGAGGGUGCUGCACCAUCUUGAACGACGUCUUCCCAAGUGCCCGAGUUGAUUUGCUGGUGCCUGAUAGAUGUUUCUUAGGUGUCCUUUUAACGACGCUUUAAUCUGCCCUGCCUACCGGCAUCAGUAGCGAUGCCGCCAAAGAAUAUCGGCUUUGAUAGGCGUUCAUCUUCCAUUCUUAUGCUAUGGUAACUCCAUCGCAGUUGUCUGCCUCAGCAUGGCGUAGAUACUAAGGACGCCUUGGUCAGGCUAUCGGGUGUGACACGGACAAUCGAGGUCAUCAUUGGGGUUCACUUGAGGAGGUCGUUUGGUGGCUUUUUUGCAAAUUGUCGACUGAUAAUUGAAGACACCCUAGAAGUGCGCGGCCAAGUGCUCCAUGAUCUGUGACCUCCCCGUUCGAAGUAUUUAUGCAUCAGGGCGCAGCAGUGACACAGUCAGUAGGGAAGAGUGGCAGCCUCUGGUGUGGCACGGGGACAGGAGUAGGGGUGAUUGUUGUUCCUUUUACUGUUUCAACUGCAUUUUUUUGCCCACAGACCACGGUCAGCUUGUCGACGGCGUGUUUCAUCAGCGAUUUUUAGAGCACCUUUUCUAGUCCCUGUCCCGCGAUGGGGUAAUCAGUACCACUCCUAAAUAAGGCUGCCUGCUCAUUUCAGGCGGCUGCCGAGCUCCCCUAUGGGCUGCGACUUUUGUUUAGUGGAAAAACUAUCCGAGUUGGCUUGGAUCGCCUACGGAAUCGUAUGUCGCCCUCUGAGUAGGCAUCUCUUUGUGGGGGGGGGGGAGGAGGAGGGUGAUUAGUCCAGGAACUUCCAGGUGGGAAGACACGCACGCGCCGAGAACUUUCAUUUAGUCUAGCUUACCGAUCAAGUACGGUUACCAGAGUAUGGCGUUGUGCUGAGCACGGCCUUGUGGAGUCACAAAUGAGACCUGGGUGUCGGGAUGGGGCGAAACAAAAGUAUCCGCCAAGGUCCAUCGAUACGUUUGGCAGGAGUCGUCAGUGUACUGUUUAUCAGAGCUUGCUACCACCAUGACCGUGCCCACGUUAAUAGACCUAGGCGGUACGUUAAAACUGCCGACAGUGUGUCAUCAGUAGGGUAUCUUCGUCUGUGCAAACCUCUUCAGUGUCCGUUCACCCUCAUCGACAAAUCUGGAGUGACUGCACGGCUGCAGCGUGGCUCUGCACCCGCAGCACUUCGUACGCAGCUGUAAUAAUAAGUACAAAUACACUGUACACUGCAUUUUCCCACACGUGUUGGUAAACCGAGUGGAUACUUCUUCUUCGCCUCGCUCUGGCACAGUUUUAAUCUGCAGUUCCACGAAGUCGUGUUCAGCAAGCCGGUAAUCGUGCUCUACCGGCGGGUUAAACCAGACCACGAUGUCCUGUGUGUGUGUGUCUCCACACUUACGGCUGUCCCAUCUCCCCAGCCUCAAACGAAAGUUUUUGCGGAUUGGACGAUAUGUGACCCCGUAUUUUCACUGCAAUAAUGUCGCAACCCUCAAUGGAGUUCGGUACUUGCCCGGGAUGCUUACGCAGCUCUAUUUAGAAAUGUACUGCUUACACCUUCACGGUGCAGGAAUCUAAAAAAUUUGACUUAAUGGAUCGCUGACAAAACGUUUCGUCGACAGGUUGGGCAUGGCUUGGGUACACAAAAUAUGCAGUCGAGACAGUGUACGAAACGAAAACCAUCCCUGUCCCCAUCUCCGCGCCUCCUCACAGGCCUCUAGGCGGUGGUUCGUAGACAUUCAGCAUUCGUUCGUCCUUACUAGAGAAGAGAACGAAUCAAGUUAUUCCGGUUGGUUACCACUGUUCGUCGCGUGUUGAGAAGUACUAUCCACGGCAUCAUUUGAGCUAGCUAGCUCAGGCAUAAUUAGAGCCGUUUGAAAUACAGGCGAAGUCGUUUUCUUACCUUAUUUCACUCUUGUCAAACGCAUGUUUACCUGGUCCCACUGCUGCUUUUGACAACUCAGGAUUGCGUAUUCAUGCUCAUUUACUUAUGUAGGCUGUCUUACCGUUUAGAUCCUGUCAGCUACCAAUCUCAUGAAACGUUAGCCGAAAUUCCGAAAUGUGUCUUUGAUUAGCAAGGAUUACUUAAGUGGGGUUGUGAUACUGAUUAUCGGGCUGCAUAAUCCCAAGAUAUUUCAGUCACGCCAGCAUGCCGGCUUUUGAGGGCACUUAUUUCCGGUCGAUUGUAAGAUCCGCAAUCAGUAAAAGUGGCUUCUCACUGAUUUUUGAUGCUUUUAUAAAUUCAAAUACAUUUUGUAGAAAACAUGCAUCAACACCCUCUCUUGUACCCGUUUGACAACAAAUCAUAUUUUCAAAUGUUAUACUCAAAGAAAGGACAUUUUUCGGUUUUAAGGAGCUUGGUAGUUAUGCAACCUUUUUAAUUUCACGAAAUACCCACUCAUAUAACAUCGAACCCGCUCUUUUACCAAUGCUCCUUAUGGAGUAUAUGGCAUAAACCACAUCCGAGUGGAAACAUGCCCACAACUUAAGCGUUAUUUUUUACGGAUAACAGUUGUACAAUCGCCAAAAAUGAAACGCAUUCAAAAGCCAGUAUGCUGGCAUUACUGAAAUAUCUUAAAAUUAGGCUACACAAUGAUCAAUAUUACAACCCUUUUUAAAUAAUCCCUCCUAAUUAGAGUUGCGAACAUUCCCAUGGCAGUACUCUGAAGACCAGUUGACGAGCAUACGUGUGCUUUCGAUGAUUUCUCAUCGGGCACAAGUAAAACACUUAAGCGGCAAAAGAAAUCGAUUACAGUUCGUCGUUUCAUACAAGUGGGGUGUGGGAACAGGAAAGGGAGGGUAGAAAUAAGUCAGUGAGUUGGGAAGAAGUGAGGGUAAGGAGGAUGGGGAGGGGAGGGCGCAGAAGGGUGCAUGCAGUUAACCGACGUUUGGCAAUGGGAGGCCAUUCAAAAGCCGGUAUGCUGGCAUUACUGAAAUAUCUUAAAAUUAGGCUGCACAAUGAUCAAUAUUACAAUCCCAUUUAAAUAAUCCUUCCUAAUUGGAGUUGCGAACAUUCCCAUGGCAAUACUCUAAAGGGGGAGCUUGUCUUAGAUUCUUCUGUGCACACAGGUCAAAAGGUCUGAAAGCGUAUGCAAUGUCAGUAUCAGCAAACCAUUGCUCUCGCCGCCUGGUAUGCGCUGGCAGUUCCUUGACACCUGGUUCUCUGCCGGUAGAUGCGCCUGCGCUCCCACUGGGUAUACAGUUCAUGGGUAUGGUUGCCCAGUCAUCCUCGUCCUUCCGACCCCUUUUGGCGGUGUUGUUGGUGAAAAAGCCUGGUCAAGUAUAUGUUGUUUACCAGGGGGUGUGGCAGCACGCCCAAGUGCGGGUCCGGCCGCGCCAGCCACCUGCGCCCUCCCUGUCUCUGGUCUUGGCACCGAGUCCAGGUGGGGAGUGGGGAGUGCGGUAGAUGCUGCGCAAGUCUACUAUUACUGUAAACUAAUUCACGCUCAAGUCACUGUGCCUGCUGCACCUUGCUGUGUAGCACACUGUGGACAUCGUCGGAAUCGACGGUCAAACUGUCGUGUGCACACAUGGCCGGAUUUCGUAGGCAGAAUGUUAUUACCGACAAAGACAACAAAACUGGAAUGGCCAUUUCUGGCUUAUUAACCGUCGUCACCCGGUCGUACCCAACCCCGAAAUGUGGAACACCUGGGGCCAGAAAUAGCCAAUCCAGUCUCCCUUAUCUUUUUCAGUAAUAAAAUUCUGCCUGUAUCGUGCGCCGUUGUGCGACUACUGGUUGAGCUCGAGAGAGAACCCGUAAGGCACAACGGGACGAGUGAGUUCCGUAAAAACGAUCGGUGAGCGUCCCUCUACCACCGGCUUUUGUAGCCUGACGACAGUUUCCUCUGCUGUUGCUAGCAGACGCUGAUCCAGCGGCCCAGGGUAGUUCGGUGGGACAUUGUAAAUCACGCGGGAGGCUGCGUUGGGGUCCACUUGAUGCCCGGAAUCGACAAUGUGUGCGAGAAUGGCACUGUUUAUAUUCUAGUUUCGCCUUUUCUCGGGGAGGUGUUCCCAUAUUCUUUUGAGUGGGCGACUACUUGUGCGACCAAUAUAACCUGCUCCACAGAAGCAAGUAAAGGAGUAAAUGCACAUGGGAGUGGUCUGAGCUAGCAACCUAUCCUUACCUUCUUGUAAAACGGGUUUUGUCGAGAAUAAUACCCAAAUUCUUGCCGCUGGGGAGUUUCGCGAAGCAGCCUUGUCCAGGCGUCUUCUCAGGAUUUCGUUCACCGCACUCCUUUGAAAAGGGACUUCGAGGAAGAUAGGUCUCUUUUCCGCCGUCAUUGUGAUGUGUUUUGAGGAUCUUUCUGUAAUAUUCUUCGCGAUAAAUUUGUCGGGACACCCGUCCUCGCAAAACAGGUCGUGGUUCAUUUAACCUCCUCGUCGAUGCUGUUUUUCUAUUAUAUUUUUCUAGCCCUUUGCGUCAAACGGACUAGAUUCGUAACCAAAGAUGCAUUUCAGAAUUUCGGUUAACCUUUCAUGAGAUUACUCUCUGACUGUAUGCAACUUACCUUUCAUACUAUGGGAUUGUUUAUCUUCGCUUUUAACUGGACCCAGCAGCCUUGUUAAAUUUUGGUAUUGUUUGUUCUUUAUAUCGCUUUUGUCCUGUAAUCGUUUUAGUCGAUGGUAUUCGAUACGUGAUUGAUGCGGGCUAUUGCAAGCUCAAGGUUUUCAACCCGAAGAUCGGCAUGGACGCUCUGCAACUUUUCCCGAUCAGUCAGGCAAACGCAAACCAAAGAGCUGGCAGAGCUGGCCGUACUGGUCCCGGGUAAGUUUCCGCCUUCCCUUUCAAAAUGUGGCCGUUUUUGACUGCAUACUGGACCUUUCGUGUGUUUGGCCUUUUGGCUUUUAACCAACUAUGAUUGAAUUCUGUUCUGUCCUUCACCGUUAGACCUUUUUAGGUAUAACACCAGCCAUUUUUUGCUUAUGCAUUGGUUUUUUCUUUGGCGUUUGUCCUUCAUAAAUUGCUCUUGGCUGACGCUUUUUAAAAAUUUCACUUUGAGACCUUAAAAAAUUGAACUGAUUUAUUUAAACUUGUCAGCGAACUUACGAUUUUUCCUGUUUAGAAGAGGCCUCACGGCUUUUAAAAACUUAUGUUCUGCCAAAUGAUAGGAGGAUUAGGGAGGUUUCUCGCAUCAGGGUACUUCAUGGGGACGGUCUCUAGAAAAGAGUGGCCUGCUCCUCAGUUGAAGUUAAGAAUAAUCUCCCUCAUACGCCCUCGUGUAUGUUAAUUCUAUGAGCUACUGAAAAUCCGGAGAGUGAUACCGCGUUGUUGGUUAUUUGAGACCUACAGAUAGCGUAUUUGACCAUUUGCCUCCCUUUGAACCUCAAAGCAUUAACAACUUAGCAUUCCUGAUAAGGUUACCCGAUGUUUUUUUGGGAUUACCGCUUAAAUUGAGAGCAUUACGUAUGAGUGCUUGUCCUCUUUCCCUUCUAGCGUGAGUUACCGUCUCUACACCAUUGGCCAGUUUGAGGAGGAGAUGCUUACUUCCACUGUACCGGAAAUCCAGCGCACCAAUUUGGCCAACGUAGUGCUUCUUCUCAAGUCACUCGGUGUUCGAGAUCUUAUGCGCUUCCACUUUAUGGACCCGCCUCCUCAAGUGCGUGCCGCAGAUUUCGGUUAUUUUGGUUUUCUUUGCGUUGAGAGGCUGUUAUCGGUCCCCAUAAUAUAUUUCCAUAUUGUCGCUACUUAUUUCGUUUAAAUAGCUUAACAUCAUUUAAUAAACCUUUUCUCGAAUACCACAGGUCGCUCUUACACGUAUUCAUCCCUGGCUAUUUCUAAACCAGUGGGCCUUCUGCCUGUCGGAUUUUGCAGUCUGACGUUAUAAUAUGCGUUUCUUCCUUCACCAUGCGAUUCUUGAUAAUUUCGAUCAUACCGCUGGCUUGAUGUGGGCCAAAGUGGGUAGUCAGCCGUCACAGCAGGUGCUCAGUCAUGAUUCGACCGAUUGUAGCCUGUUUUUCCCCUGCUGUAGUAAACAGCCAGAAAGAAUAGUACGCAGUUUGUUUUAAUUCUAAUCAGACAACUAGCUUCCAGUGGGCCGGAGUGGUCAUUUAAACGUCACCGUACGCUAUACUAUCUGGCUAAUUAUUACGGCUGACACUAAACUGUCUAACACUUUCGUCUUUUUAUUCUAAGCCCCUGCUUGUGUGAACGUUUUUGACGCAUAAAACGGUUGUUUGCGAAAACGCCCUGUACCAGAAACCAGGUUUCACACUGAUUCUGCUUCCUUAGGACAACAUUCUUAAUUCGAUGUGCCAACUCUGGGUGUUCGGCGCCCUCGACAAUACCGGAAAUCUCACACAGCUUGGUCGCCAAAUGGUGGAGUUUCCGCUGGACCCCGCACUCUCUAAACUCCUCCUCGUUGCCUGUGAGAUGGGCUGCUCGGAGGAGGCGCUCACCAUUGUCUCUAUGCUCUCAGUACCGAGCAUAUUUUUCCGUCCUAAGGGACGCGAGGAGGAAGCCGAUAUGGCUCGCGAGAAGUUCCAGGUACGUACGUAGACAGUAUUGUUGUCACAGUUGUCCUUCCCACACCUUCUUACUGCUCUUCACAUGAUUUUUGGCCGCUAACCAAGACAAGUUGCUUACGGUUUUUCUGGGGGUGCGUCAGCCUACAUGAUUAGGGGUUGUGGUUACUGCGUGUACAGUACUUCGUCUCAAGGUCGUAGGGGCCUGCUUUCCGAUCAUUGCAAGGCCAUUUGAGCGCAAUCCAAGUACAGUCUCCCCCCCAAUCUUCUGGUGGACACUACAUCGCAUAUAAGAUGACAGAUUGGCGUUUGUUCACCAUCAUCAUCGUUCCCAUCGUCGUUUUUCGCCAAUAUUACUAUUAUCGCCGCCUUCGCUCUGAUUUUUAUUGUUUUCAUAUUUCACGUGCAACAGCACAGUUCUGUUGAAGGUUUGAUUGGUAAACAAACGUCCAUAUAAUCACAAAAGUUGGACGCUAGCGCAGACAGGGGACUCAAGAGCACACCGGAGGUAAAGCUUAUUGUAGAAUCGAAGUAGAGGGCGUACGGAUGCCCUGCCCGAAGUUAUCAACAACCUGGUCCUGGACUAGCUCCCCAUUUUGUACAGAUUGGUCAGACUUGCACGUCUACAUGUCAAGAGACAAUAAUUAUAUCCCUGUCGAGAUUCCGAUGUCAGUACUUACUAGGUUUAUUCAAAGGUUUUUUGUUUAAAAUGGGCGUGUUUUGGAGCUUUUGUCAUUCAGAGUCCUCAGCUAUACCCUAAUGUGUAUUGUAAAGUUGCUGAAGUAUCUAGGCAAACCGUCUCCUAAGUCACACCGUCCGGUCAGCACAUGGGCCAGGUUUCCGCGAAUAGAGAUGCCCGGCCCCCUAUAGAUGGCAGUGCUACAAAGGCUUCAUCAAGGAAUUAUUGUAGUCCAAUUCUCGUUUGGAAGCAGGAAAAUGUAUCCAGUACGCUAACGGCUGUUAGCGCAUCGUGCUAGUUCAAGAGCGAAUCUGCUUAUUUGCAGCUAGGAGACUGAAUGCUCUAUCGGGGCCGAGUUGGCCUCAUUUCCUUCCUCCUUUCCUAUUUGCCAGUGGACUGUCCCGUUCAAGACGACUGAAAAUAAGGUUUGGCGCAGUGGCUGAUAUGAAGUGGAGUCGUCGUCUAUCGCCUGCCACACACGAACUCAAACCCAGUAUAUGUGCAAAAUGCCAUAGAAGUUUCGUUUGGGAGGAGUUACUUCAAUCUGACUCCUCAUUCCAAAAAAUAACCAGCUUACCUUCUCAGUUGGCAAGAUUCUAAGCCAGAACUUUUAGGUCGUUGUGCAGACUUUUAAGGCAUCGUUUUCAUUGCAGUAAAAAGCCGGCUGAAUGGCCACGAGAAGGGGUACCUCAGUAUCUCCCUCCUUCGCAUCUAUCAGGGAUAUUUUCGAACCCCUUUGGCCGACUGAUGAUGAGGUAGGACUCGGUGGCUGACGUGACGUGAAAACCUCCAUCCACGUAUGCCACGCACACCCUGGUCUCGCGCUCCUUUUAUAUGUCUCAUAUGUAAGAAAUGCACAUGGUCGCCGACAGUGUUUCACCGUCAUUACGAUUCCGGUCAUUUGCAUCGUAUGACUGUUGCACGUGACGUCUUGUUGGCCGUUGAAUCGUACGCACCUACGACCCAAUAGGCCCAUAUAAUGUCGAUGCGCGUGUGAAGAGUGUGGCGGUGUGAAAAAAUUCAGACCGAGUUAUUGUACCAACCAGUGUCAUGUAUGUGCAGAUGAGCGAUGAGUGUGACGCCCGCGGGCGUCGGAACUGUGUGGGUCAGGCAUAUCAGACAAAAUUAGUGUUCACCGGUUUUCCUGACAGCAGCUCUUCUAUCACGUUGUAAUGCGUUCGCAGGCGGUCUAUCAGGCCUUUGCGUGAUUAGGAUAUGCGAUCACGACAGCAAUACGUUUGCACUGUAUCCAAAUUGUUGGUGGUCGUCCCCUGUGUCCUAGAGGCGUUCUUGUUGGCUCAGUUUCCUCGUCUGACUUUGCCACGCAACCCAUCUCUCUCCUUCUCUCUGCUCCUUAGCGGGCGUAGUCAGGAUGGUGACUCAUUACAUCCUAAGUUUCGUGCCGCAGCCACUGCAUGCUAAGCGUUACAGUCUGCCGAAGACCUCGCUGUUUUCGGUUAUCUGGACGGAAAUUUCUCCAUAUGGUAAUUCUCACGUAAGCAAAUUUGUCCACAGAUGUGCUCUUUGUAUUCGGUAUGCUGGCGCUGACUGGCACCUGACCGGUCCCACUCCUCACAGGAAAGUUACGCAAGUGGUUACGUUUAUUCGCUAACCGUGGUUCUUCCGGCUCCCAACUGGACCUAGCCUUGUCAUUCGCAGAGUCAUUUCCGAUAGUAAUGGUUAUGCAUUGAUGCAAUGUUUUAUUAUUUUUUCAUCUCCUCCAGGUUCCCGAAUCAGAUCAUCUUACCUAUCUGAAUGUUUUCAUCCGUUGGAGAAAGGCAGGGUGAGUUUCUUCACUUUACCGCAUAAAAGUUUGAGUGUGUGUUGUUGGUUAGCUUCGCAUGGAAUACUAGUACACUGCAUGCUACUUUGAGAGAGUACUGGUUUAGAUGCCCUAAAGUGUAGUCAGCUAGCGUUUGAGGAUUUUUGAUAUCUGAAACACACAUCACCAGGUUUCGUAGUCGCAUAGUCUGUUUACUCCCAAUCAACCUCGUUCAUUUUGUAGGAAAAAUUAGUCCACCUAAUGAACUCCAUCUAUUUUUAGCAGCCCCAGUAUUAAAUUAAUUCAAAGAGCCCCCUUAUUGUAAAUCGAGUUUCCAACAAACAACAAAAUUAACGUAUUCGAUAAUUACAUUUUACAUCAAAGAAAAUUGUUCACGAUAAGGGACAAAAUCCACAAAAUUGGUGUCUGCAUUACCUUCUUCUGCCACCCCAAUCUUGGCUGAGUCCGCGUCGCAGAGCAGAAUAAGACCUUUUUACUGCAACGGAGGUAGUUAACUGAGCAAAGUAUGUAAGACGAAAACAUUUAACUUCGCCUGAUAAACGUUGGGCCUUAUGACUAACUCAUCCCAGAAUUAAAAUCUCAAGGCACCUCUGCAGAGGUGCGUUAGGUUGGCGGGCUGAAAACGAUAAGUGACCAAAAAUGGCCAUUGGAACCCCCGUUCUCCUGUGUUGGGUGUGCUUUUAGUAGUGAUUCGUGUCUGGAAAAAAAUUAUCCAAAGUAAAUAGACGCUAAAUGGCCAUUUCUGGCUCAUUCGUCGUUGGUGCUGUCUUGCGAUUUUUAUUUGCAUGUUGCUAUGUGACAGUGUGUCAGGACUUUCGGCCCGAUCUACAGGGUAAAAUGGAUUAGAGUCGUUUUGUCCCCGGAUCGUGCAUGAUUGGCAAACGCCAUCCUUUCGUGUUUUCGUUACUAAUGUGCACACCUCAUCCCCCCCCCCAUCCCUCUUGAACGCACCAACUCGUUGGUAUUUUAAUGGCAUCAGUUGCUCCCCAUCUCUCCCUCUAGCUACGCUCCCUCCUUCUGCACCCGCAACUUCAUCCACGUGAAGGCGAUGCGCAAGGUCCGUGAGGUGCGCCAGCAACUCAAGGAGAUCAUGGAGCAGCACGACAUGACGCUCUGCUCCAGUGGCACGGACUGGGACGUGGUGCGCCGCUGUCUGUGCUCAGCCUUCUUCCACCAGGCAGCACGCAUAAAGGUGCGCUUUGUGUAGACUCAAUUACUUCGUUCUUAAAAGAAAAACCUUCGGAAAUACCUGUUUACUUCACAUCGUUCAGUUAAGUUCCCAACGUAUUAGUCACUAGGGUGUAGAUUUCUCAGAACUGCACUUAUUUUACUUCCUUCCGGCCGUCCCAUGAAGGCGUCAGUCAGAAAUGUCUCCAAGACUGAUCCCACAGCCACCUCUUCACCUAAAGAUCACAUGCUUAUGCAUUUGCGCAUGUUUGCUAAGGAAGUAAUUUGCGGUCCGUACCCAACCGAAUAGGUCACUUUUAAAUCACCUUUACGACCACUUCUUUCUGGCGUGUUUAUAAGCAAGUUCCUAGUCCCCUGGAGCAUACACAGACGGUCAUUCCAGACUUCCAUGCACGCUUGUCCCUGCCAAACAAGAUAGAUCCUUCGUUUGACCUGAAAUCUUUCCCACUCAUAUCAAAUCUUCUGCCCAUGUUAUUUGUCCUCCGAUCUCCCUUCAGCCUGGCAACUUCUCCCUGUAUGGAUCGCUCUGCCCUUUUACGUGCAUUACUCCACGCCCUUUCUAAAAUAGCAUUGUUAGCCUUUCAUCAAGUUCGCGAACUGUAUCUCCUCACCGUCACCAACUUCAAUGACAAGAUUUGCGCGAUCGUAGUUCGAACUAAAAACGGCGCUGUUCACUUUUAAAUACUAAGAGCGGUCGGUCGCCAAGUUACGUAACAACACAAGAUGCAUCGUUACAUGAGCAGCUAGCAGAGGACCUGUGCCUCACAAGUUCCGGACUGCAGCCCUUGUGUACGCACUCUGUCCUCAUUUGCUGUUGUCUCAGAGAAAGGGACCGGUCGUAAAUCCAAAACUUCAUGUAACAAAGAGGGAGUUCAGAGGUUCAGCACCUACGUUUCCCUCCAACAAACUGAACUGAAAUAAAAUCCUUGUUGCAGCUGUCGACUUCUUCUCAGUAAAGAGCAACCUUCGUUACUUGAAAGUUUCCUGUUGGUAAGGAAUUUUCUGCCCACAUUUUUGUGAUAAUGUACGUUCGUCUUUAUAGGCACAGUGGAUCAUUAUAAAUAUGCGCAUAAUCUCAGUGGAUAGUUUAUUCUGAAUGAAUGUUGUAUGCGACAGCCAAACUAUAUAAGGGGAGCUCGGUAUGCCACCAUCUGUGGAUUAAUAAAAGAAUAUGUUGGCAAUCCCGCCUAAAUCUUCCUUUUUCCAUAUAAAAUAACGCUCGCUGACUUUAUAUCGUCUGCUACUCACCAACUUUUCAUUUGUCCAGGGUUUUGACUUGGUCACCUUCAGCAUGAUUGCCCUUUCUCUUUCGUGCUCGUGCAUAGGAGUACGAGUUAUGCUAGAUCCGCUCCUGCCUUGCUGAGUUUGUCUUUCAACUUUUUGUGUUGUGAUAAUGGAAAUGAUUACAUUAAGCGCCAAUAGUUGGGUGCUCUUGUGUCUUGUAUUUUUGCCGGUCUGCGCAUUACUUUUGAGCGUUCAUUGGCUGCGUUUAAAGAUGAUAAUCGCUUUCUUCAACAUAACUAUGUCCCAAAUUCGUCAUUAUUAUCAUGCCUUUCUUCUGUUCAAUUCGCAUUACUCUCUUCUGUUCGCCACUUUUCUAGGGUCUCGCCGAAUAUGUGAAUCUGAGGACGGGAAUGCCCUGUCGACUGCACCCUACAAGCGCACUCUACGGGAUGGCCUACACGCCUGACUAUAUCAUUUAUCACGAACUGGUGAUGACUACAAAGGAGUACAUGCAGUGUGUUACGGCCGUAGAGGGGACUUGGCUUGCAGAAUACGGCGCUGUCUUCUACAGGUACGUCUACUUCCCCUGACUGUGCGUGUGCGUUUAUGCCAGACCUGCCGUGCCAGCCACCUCCGUCCUCCCUCACCUCCGGUCUUUUUGACUCUGUCUCGACACCGGGUCCAGGCGGGGAGUGGGGAAGGGGUAGUGCGUAGAUACUGCACAAGUCUGCAAUCGCUAUAAACUAAUUCACGCGCAAGCCACCGUGCCUGCUGCAUUUUGCUGUGGAGCACACGGUGGACAUCGGCGGAAUCGACGGUCGAACUGUCAUGUCUGGCCUGGUGCCUCUAGCUCCCCCCAACAUGAAGAUGCUCAAAACUAGUUAUUUUACUGACACUGGAUGAAGUUUGUAAUUCUCUUGCAGACCCAGAAAGUGUCAAACAUCUAGUCGGUUUAUUUAAACUUCUGUUUUCUUCAUAAAUGUACUGCUAUCACGGCAGUAAUUUCCACCGUUGUUAGAGCUCGUACCAACUGGUAAAGAGUUUCGUCCACGGUCUCUUUCGCAUGCCACCAGGUGUGCUUUCCGCGAUACCUGCGACUGUGCUAUGUUAACUGUCUUUUUUCACAUCUUUCAUCGUCCCUUUGAUGGUAACGUGGAGAAAACACAAUGCUAUCUUUAUUCCUUUUAUGUUAGCGGGAUAGGUUUUGGUGUUUGCAACAGGCUCCUUAUUUAUGAUGCACAGUCUGCCCAGUUAAUGACGCACUAAACUCAGAUCAUGAUAGUAUUAAUUAAAAAUCUACCUUGGCAGGACAUGGAGCUAGAAAUUUCCCUCGUAAUAUGGGUAGCCCUCGCUAAAUUACAGGAGGGGUAUCUGCAUGCCCCAACCGUGUGCUUACCUGUAGCCUUCCCAUCCCUGAGAUUUACCGCUAGGCCGUCUGUAUUAUACAGGGAGAUUCAUAUUCUCGUGCCCUACCUCUAUCCCUGCCGGGAGGGGGAGGAAUUCCCAGGCGAUCAGAAUCGCCAUUGACAUCGAGAACGGUUCCAUUGCGAAUUUAAGUGGCCUAAUGGUUCUUUUGACCCUCACAAGUUCUCAUAUGAUCAGGGUAACCAAGUCAAAAGUGGCGUUUGGAAAAUAUAGCUUUUAAAGGUCUGAGAGAGCUGCACAGUAAUGGGACUGCCUCGCAGUACACCUCAUUUGAUCUUGUCAAGGGCUGCUGACCCGCCCCAAUUGGUAUUCACCCUUCGUCAAGAGUGCACUCUUUCGCCUGAGUUUGUUUGCUCGAGAGGAACGCACUGCUUAUUACGACUUUCUAUUGGAAAACGAGACUUUAGUCUUCUCAUCGUGACCGAUGCCCAUAUGUAAGCCCGUUCCACGCCCUCUAUUUGCGGUUUUCGACCAUUCUGAGGUCUCGUACUGCUUACUGACAAGUUAUUGUUGUUUUUUGCACUUGUCAUUAGUAUAAAUUGUUUGCCGUUAGUAUUUUCUCGGUUGUCAUUUCUUAUCGGUGUUGCCUACACUGUCGCGAUGAGGUCUAUAGACUUUGCAGCUGUUGUGCCAACCUUGGUUUCAUUCUUUCACACUCGGCUGGCUGCCUUUAGAGUAUCUUGAGCUCCUUCGCAUCCUCAGUGACGUAGGUGUUCGCAGUGAAUUGCUUCCGAUUGUGAUUCAGUUCUUGCGUUUCGCGUGAUCAUCUGUUCGGCGAAGUUUGCCUCAAGUCUGACUGAACCCGUGUUGUCAUUUCAACGUACGAAUUGUGGGAAAUUUGUCCUCCACCCAAGCCAUUAAACGUUGUGCUUACGAUGAAAACGAGACAUUUGCAAAGUAGGUAAUGUGACUUUGUAUUUCGUCCGUUUUUGUAAUGCGUUGGAUGUAAUUCGAAGUGACCACACUUUUUAAGAGUAUCAUGUUAAAAUUAACUUGUUACUCAGGCGGAAUUUUCCAAACAAACUCACCCGAUUGGCAGAAUUUUCUUGGCAUCUUUUUUGAUGCCCGAUUUCCAUUUUCUUUUCUAUAGCAUGGUUUUCGGGUAAAAGGCUGGUGGACUUGUUGUAGAUUGUGUAAUUAAAUCUGACCCCGUAACGGUUAUCAGACGUUAUUAGUCAUGGGGCCGCUCCCUUGAACUGAUAUUGUCACUGCAAAUUUUUUUAUCCGCCUCGGGUUCCUGAUUCACACUCGAAUCCACCAUCAGAGACCGCAUCGCCUAAAGUCCAUAUUUACACAGUGCUGCUAUAUCUAUAGUAUACAGCUGCUAUGCCGCUGCAUAGCUAUCACAAUCAGCCGCCUCCGCAUUCAUCGCAGAUGGUUGAACAUGAUGUGGUAAUUGGUUGAUUGUCCUUAGGUGAGUCGUUAAUUGUCGCGUGGCCAUGUCUCAAUCAUUUUGGCUCACCGACGCCGACAUUGGAAACAGUCAAUACUUGCGCGCUCACCACCAACUGUACCAACUAUGGAGGGGAGAAGUCACUGCGGAUGGGAGAACCAUGACUCAGGCAGUUCGCGUCCCAUGUGGUUGUCGCCUCUUGCGAGGAUCAUAUAAAUACUGCAACACAUGUACUAGCGUCAGCGUCCUCUGAUGCUGUUUUGGUGGUGGAUCCGAGUGUGAGUCACCCGGAUAAGACUCUUGUUCCAGCGACUGUGCCUUCUUAUCCUUUCUCCUCCUCUUUCUUCUUCCCAACUACGUCUCGGAACCCGUAUGUUCGCGUGUGUCGACAAAUUUUUUGGCACUUUUGUCUGUUGUCUUCUUAAUUAAACUUACCGCGCCAUUCAUGUUCAUACCAUCCGAUGAGCACCAUAUGUAUUGUCGAAGACCCUGACAUAUCAAAGCUCAUCGGGCCAGCCUGGUUCAUGUCUAUUUCGUUGUAUUUUUGUAACAGCAUAAAGGACCAAAACCUCAGUCGGUCAGAACGCCAACGCCGCGCUGAUGCUGAGGUUGCGGAAAUGGAGGAGGAAAUGAAGGAAGCAGAGGUACAGUUGGCAAGGCGUAAGGAGGAAGUUGAGCGCUCCAUGAGUACCGGCCGCCUGUGAGUCCUAUUUCCUUAAUAAGACAAGUUUUUCAUGCAUGAGUGUGCUGCCGAGGUCAGUUAACGUUUUCAUAGUUCGUAGGGGUUAUUGUUUUCCUACAACCUCCGGCUGCUUCGUUAACAUACAUCUCUUUUAAUUUGGCCUAUGCGAACUCCUGUCAAACUUUGAUGGUGUUAAAUCCUACCUAUUUUCUAUUCACAAACGCCUACUGUGCGGUAUUGACGAUGUAUUUGGCUGUCUGUGAAGUCACUACAUUUUCCCGUUUUUAACCUUUCUUAGGCAUCCAAUCGCAACCCCGGGCAUGCGAAAACCUGGAACACCGGCUGUGUCCAAACGCCCAAGGGGUCAUCUUGGCUUAUAAAGAUUCCCACUUCCUAUCUGUGUACAAUAAGUCAGACCAUUCUUGUACUGUACAUACACUGCUCUGCAAUGUUCAAUAAAUAUCGUCUUUUCAUUUGCAAACCUUUUCUUUCUUUUGAUCCUCCCUUGUCCUAAGCCCGCUUUUGUAUUAGCGGGCUAUAUUCCCCCCCCCCUGCCGAUGCAUGUGCAAUUGGGAAAGCGCGUAAUUUAAGUGUACCUUUCGUAUGCGCCUUCCUUUUAACACUGACGUAGGUGCCGGCUUAUUGGAGGCAAUUUCAGGGGUUUCGUAACCCUUUCCUCCACAUCAAUGACUGUCCAUAAGUAUUUUUGAUAAUACGAGGAAGCGCGGAGUGACCGUUCUUGAGCACUUUCGUUGUCAGCGGCCACACCUCACGACCACACGGUCCCCCGUUGCCUUUUUGGCAAUACUCCUCAGCUAUCCUCCACUGUGCGAUCACAUGCUGGAGCUCUAGAUCCAAGGCAAAGUAUUCUGUCCUUCAGUUAGAUCAGGUUUGUGGACGUCCCACUUCACGUGGCGGUAGUACGGACAUUUAUGACUUGGUUUACUCCACGGUGUAUUUGUGCAGCCUUCGGGGUUGAACUUUUUGCCGUCUCUGAAGCAUUUCUUAUUUCUCCGCCUCCAUAAACACGUACAUGCGUCGGUGCCUUAGUGCCCCAUGGAAUCCAGAUAUUACUCAUCCUGUUUCACCCACUGUGCUCCACAUAUUAUUCACAUUUUUUGACUUAUUUGAGAUCAGUACAUGUUCGGUUCACAAACAAGCCGCAUAAAACCUGGGCAUGUCCACUAGCCUGCGUGUUGGCCCUUUCUCUAGUGGUGAGUAGUGUGGAGUCGUCGAGUAUGAAAUUUGUAGUGCGACACAUGGUCAACUUUAACAGCUCCGUUUUUCAGGUUGGUGUCCUCCUUGGACAUUCUUUUGUUUUUUUAGAAAGCUGCCAUGCAUUUUUAUUCUUAGUCAUUUUGUGGUUUAAAAAUAUUAAAAAUCUUUCGUUAUUAUUCCUGUUUAAAGAGGGCAACUCGGAAAUCGGCACAAUUGUGAAGUCUGAGUCCUUAUGUGAAAAUAAAGCCUCACAGACGGCUUGGAAUACUAAGAGCGUAUUUUGCUCUAAUAUUACCGCACAUCAGACAGUAUCAAGUUGCUUUACGAAAUUUCGUUCUGGUAACUUUCACCUCACGAAGGAGCCACACGGCCAGCCAGACGUCAUGUCUUUUCUAGGCAGUCAGAACUUGCGUCCUAGCAAUUUUGGCCUCAAGAAUGAGCCACGCGGUCGGCCAGCACAAAAGGUGGAAAAUGACGAACUGAGCGCUAUUGAUCCAUCUCAAAGUGCUCAUGAAUUACCGCUGAUUUUUGGUGUCAGCAAGUAAACAAUUUUAGCUCCCCUAGUUGAUUGUUUAAAGUAAAGAAGUUGGAUUUGUGUUUCCCACAUGAACUGGAUGAGAAUCUAAAUGUUUGGAAGCGUGCAUGAUGUUGCCUUCCUCUCACAAAAAUGAUUACCAUGAGCCGAAUUGUAACGCGUGGUGAGAAGUGAGUUCAGUAAGAUUGCCGCGAACGUUUAGUAUAGUGAUCGGACAGAUACAAACCACCAAAGCACAGCUUAGAGCGCAAUAUCCCAUAAAGGGAGCUGGUUGCGAGUGAUUGCUGCUCUGGCGCGGGUGUGAUCCAUUAUGAUUUCAUGAAAGCUGGCUCAUCGAUCACGGCAGAAGUAUGCUGCAACCGGCUAGGCAAAAUGAUACAACAACUUGCAGAAAAACAGCUUGCAUUCGUCAACCGAUCGAUUCGUAUUCUGUUGCACGACAGUGCCAGACUACACAACGCACCAAUGACAGUAGCAAGACUGCAGGGGUGGGAGUUGGAAGUACCCUAUCAUCCACCAUAAGCGCCAGAUCUUGCCCCACCGACUACCAUUUCUUCCGGAAUUCGGAUAACCUUUUCAAUAGAAAAAAAUUAAUUCCGACUCUCGAUUACCCGCCCUCUGCACCACCGUAAGCUACCGCUUACGUAGGAUAGUGUAUCGCCAAUAUGGUAGAAUACCUUGAUGAAUGAAGCUAUUCCUUGUAUUUAUGAGGCAUUACCAAACUUUGUUUUUUUUUCUUUCUACAAAUUUCAUAUUUUACGACCCAAUAUAACAACCUACGGUGGGGGCGAAUUGAAAAAUAAACUAGCUCGUUGAUCUGACCGGUAUGCAGUCAUGGAUUGACAUUGAAUGUGUUAUCGUGACUGGGCGGGUUGGAGUUCCAUAAUAGCCAUCGGGUUGGUUAUCGCACCCUCUGAGGUCACUGUUAUUCUAAGAUAGUAAACCUACAUUUCGCACCGUCUUAUGUGCCGUGUACCGUGAGACCUGACUGAGGGCUUCUGCGGUUUUCCGUGCCACGAAGGUCGAGUCAUGCUAUGGCACCCGCAGAGGUCGAUAUGUCUGUACCUCCGCUACUGUCUGGAGUGUUAUCUACUAAGUCAGCUUCCGUAGACCAGAAAAAUACGCAUCACUUAGCAGAGUUAAAGUAUCCCUCUUACGUCAGAUGCCCAAAGCCGGAAAUGAACAUGAGCGCAGUCCACUUUUACCCUCUCGUUUCGGAUGUACACUUGCUAGGCCACGCCUGAAGUCUGAUUUGGAUAUCCGACUUUGUCAGUAAAGUCAGCUCAACCUGAUGUUUCAGUCGCUCUGAAUUCUGAGGUCAACACUUGUGUGCCGUAGUGCAAGGGCGUACGUGUGCGUGUUUUGAGUGUUUUUUGUCGACGUCGCGAUGUAGGCAUCGACAAUGUGUGGAGAGUCUUCAGUAGAGGCCACAGGCAGUGGAUAGGCGACGGUGUUUAAAUGUCGUGCCGAGAAUAUGUGCUGUGUUCUCUAGAGGCCUCUUCGGUGAAUGAUAUGAACUUGUUACUCUGACAGUGCUGAACAACCUAGUCACAACAGCGUACCUCCUUCAUCCCGAGUGAAAUCUCAUCUGCUGAGACCGCAAGAAAGGAAUGUGCGGAAAGACAACUUGGCUAGCUACUCCUACCACCCUUGACUCUCACCUCAUGUUUCAUAUUGGCGCGGACAGUGAGGAUAGCUCCAAGUAUGUUUUUGAGGCCUCUCAGACCAGAAGUCGUCUCAGCGUACAGCGCUUGCUAAGUAAGGACUAACUGAUUGAAAGGCAUGACGCUCUGGUUGAAUCUGUCGAGUAAAGGAUCCCGAAAUAGGCAGACGGCUGUGCUUAACUUCGUCUCUAACUCUGUUAACGGGCAGAUUCUGAAUGCAUGUGGCUAGAACAGCUUGUUUUCCUACUACACUACGUGACCGGAUACAUGACUUGGCUCAUUUCAAGACGGAGUCAGCAUACUUGUCAUGGGAAUUAGAUGCGAUCGGUAAAACAAGACAUGCAUUUGUCUGGCGUUUCGGAUUCUCACCUUGGCCUCAUCAGAGGCAGUCGCAGGUAAGGAGCGAUGGGCGCACAAGAGGCGCAAUAUUUACGGGAUGCAGUUGCCAUAUCAUAACAUACCUACUAUAAUUAGCAGCUCCCACAUUCUUCGCGGGUGAUCCUGAGGAGCGGGAUGCCUUCUUGAUCCGAGUCGAUAAUUGUCGUAAUUUCACUACUAGUGUUGUGUGCAUAAAUCCAGUUGCAGCUGCCUAACUACCCUUCCAGCAUGCCAUGCUGAGAAAGUCCGGAGCUGCAGCGCUGUAUCCUUAUCGUGAUUAAGUUGACUGGGGUGUAUUUAAGAUAAAUGUAGGUAAUUCCGGCGUUUCGGAGCAUGUUUACUGGUUGCCGUUCUUCCAAUUGAGAGUAGCACUUGCAUGCUUCAAAAAGCUGACCAUUGGUAAGGGAAAAAAUGAGGUGCUUUCGUCAAUAGUCAGACCUCGUUUAUGAAGUCUUAAUCUAUAAGUGAAGAGGAAAGGUGGUCGACAACAGAAACAUUCUGUUUAUUUUUCUGAUCUUUCGAACUCGUGCUGGAGUCCAUCGUCAGCGAUAUUAGCAACAACAGAACAAGCGACGGCUAUCAGGCAUGCUAGCCAGUCAUCGAGCAGUGGUGCAAUACUGGAGGUUACCGCGCAGGGCUCUGUACGCCGGCACCAGAUCGGCAAAUCGAUUGACUGCGUUCUCAUCCGAGGCCGAGGCUUCAAUCAAUUCUCGGCCUGUUUUGUUUCCAGCGUGGGUGACUAUUUUGGUGACUGUGAAGUUAAAAUUGUGACCUAUUUCGUAGGUGUGGACGGCCACUUGUGAUAAUGCGUCGACUCGUCGCACAGCCAGCUUGUUAGUGUAUGCGCUAUCCGAGCAUGCGCCAGUCUGUCCUGUGUGGUUAGAAGGACAAUUUUGACACGGAAUGCGAUACACUACUCCAAAUUGCUCCCCAGGCUUUAACCGGUUUUUAAUUUUCAUGACCCUAUUGCGCAUGGUGGCUUUGGGGCUGUGUGCAGUUCCAACACCUAGCUCGGCAUCGAUGCGCUCGGUAACGUGAUCCGGCUGUUUUCAUGGGGACCACGUUCUUUCCUCCACGCCUUUGCUCAUGCAGAAAUUUCUUCGAUAACGCAUCACACCCAGGCGGACUACAUGGGUUGGAAAAAGCCUGUCCUCCGCAAACGGCCAGACCAGGUGGUUAAUCUGGCCUUUCCCUAGUGAUCCAUAGUUCUUUAAUUCUUUCACUCAUUGAAGUCUGUUUUUCUUUUUUUCGACCGACUCCCCCACUGUAUCAUCAACAGAACAGUGCGCCGCCCUGUGUGCUGUUUUUAUAUCGAUUUUCUGAGCAAAUCUAAACUGCCUUAUAUCUACUAGACCUUAUUCGAUCAGCUAAAUACCACGAAACAACUGAAACGUAUUCACGACAUCUGUUAUAACCAAGAAUUCUUGUCGCACAUGGCUAGUUCCAAACAUGGCAGGAAAACAAGAUAAGAACUGCGACGUAGAAACGAGCGACUGUGCAAAGUGAACUGCUCCCAAUCAUCGGAAUUAAGCCGGAGUAAUUGCAGGCUCAAGUUUUUCGCACAAGUCUGACUUAUCCCUCUGUAGCUAGGCUGUCUCGAAACGGACAGUGCGCGAUUCAGAACUCGAAAGGUUUAUUAUCUGUUAGCAGAGGGUCUGCCUUCUAACACGUACUUUCUAAUAGGAGAGCUGGGAAUUCUAUUUCCAGUCGUAAAAGCCAUUGAGGGAAGGCACUACAUUGAUUGGGCUACCUGUUGUCUUUUGCGUUCACCCGACAUACUUGCAUCUACAACUACGCAUGAAUCCAUAAACACCAUUUAGCGUGGUAAGCACAAUCAUGACAUCUUUCUUUGCUUUAGUUGGUACGGUCCUAGUUGGGCCGAUAGUCAUGAGCUGAGCUUCUUCACAGGUCCUUUAAAUGGUGCAACGUAACUUCUGCCUGAUCGUGCUUGAGCCCAUUAUCCCUCUUAAAGGACAAUUAUAUUUCAAUGGUCUUUUUGGAUCUGACUGCUCCGUCAAUUUUUUCUGCAGGCAAUUACUAAAGUUGUGAAUUAAAGGCACCGCAUAAUCAUGUUUAACCAGGGUUACUUUGACGCUGGCAGAUUGCUAAUCCAGUGCUUCAGUCUAGCAACUUUCCCCUGCUUUCUCAAACAACGUGCGACAGAGUGUGGCAUUCCAUUUACCAGCACUGGACUUUUGAAAUGCCGGUACCGGGCCUUUCACGUAAUCCCACAGAAUGCUAGACUUUUGGUUUAUCCACCUGUCUGCCUAUGCAUGCGGACGUGCAGGAAAGGCAGGCUGUUGUCCUAUCUCCUCCUCAUCGUGAACCACUUAGAUUCCGACAAGAAUUGAAUUUAGCGGACUACCCGUUUCAACUCCUUCAGCCUAUCUGUAGAGACGUCCGUUAAGAUGAGAGUGUGCCUUUUUGGCCUUAAGUUCCAACAGAUUCUGCAGUACUUCGGGUUACAGAUGCAAGGUGUUGAUAAUAUUUAUCAAUUAGAUGUAUUUACUUGCCCGCGUAACUUUAUCCGCCCUUCACUCAAAUCUACCUGUUCCUGUAGACUUUCUCCCUUCUCCUUCGUUUACGUGACAACCGCACCGACUUUAUUCUCUAGCCAUUUCCUUCUCCGAUUCUCAAUUGAUGGAUGGCCAAAAUGAGAACUUGGUCAUUUACAAGGACGAAAACGAAUUCGAAGAAUUUAACCGAGAGGGUGAGUAUUUGCGCUGUAUUCUCUGCGAUCGGUUUCUGAAGUCCAUGGCUGAUGUCAGUGACAUUCCUCUUUAUCACUGACGUUGUCACACAAAUGCUGGUAACAGACUAAAGUGGCACUGAAGUGGUGAUAAUAAAGUAUCUUCGGACUUCUUUGUUAAAACAUAUUUGACAAAGAUAGCGGCUGGAGAAUUUGUUCAUCUAUGCAAGAUCAGCUGCAAACAACCAUUGACAGUUAGUGUUUUGACUUACAGCUUUGCAAAAUCACUUGCUUCUUUUUGGCGAAGUGCCUUUACUGUCGUUCACUGGUUCAACUAGUGCGAACCGUCUUAACAAGCUGUUGAAGAAACCGCAAAAUCAACUAUUUGAAAGGCAGUGAAGCCUCUGUACGUAAGAAAUAUGUUACUGAAAAUAAGUGUCGACGGACGCACAUAUGCACGACAACGAAGCACACACACUGAGCUUCAGUCUGUGUUGCGUACAUGAAGCGCUUCAUUCCUCUAAAGGUUACGCCCACGCGUUUAUUUAUAGCCACAUUGGCUCCUGUGAGGUUCCUAGCUUUUAACCUUUUCCGGAAAAUCCCACUCGACUUAUCUGAGAGUUACCCAAAUUAGGGUUUGGCUGGACAUAAUUGUUCGACCGUAACGACAAGUCGUUUGAAGUUGAUCCAAGGUAACGGUAAAAAGUGCUGUCCCUUAUUGCUAGAGUCAGUGGCACCAUAUCAAUCCUGAUCGCAAGCCGCCACUACAAGACUCGGGAAAAGCAUUGACGGGUUGUUUACGGUGUGUGGUAAAGCGGUCGGGCUUUCCAGAGCACAACACAAAGGUCAAGGAACUUUAGACUGUCGUGGGCGUAAUGACUGAUCUGGCGCUCGCCACCAUCAAUGCGUUCUAGACGCCUGCUUGUCCCUCAACCCUCAGAUGUCGUAUGGGUACGAGUUGUCAAAUGGCCACGGUCAGAACGAGUCAUCAUGACUUACCUCUCAGUCCAAAAACCAACUUAUCGCGCCAGUUGGCAUUCUAUCAGGCUCCUGCUUUUAGAGUAGCGUUUUAGCUCAGAAACUCGUUAGCAAUUUAUCAUAAUAAAGGGAGAUCCUGCGAGAUCGACCCCAAUCUCCCCUCCUCCACCCUUUCUUUCUUAUAGAGAGCAGGCUCUUAUUGGCAUUUUUCUGCCAACAAGGCAGCUGACGCAGUAGCCGCACCUGUCUCAAGGCACCGAAGCUGGUGUUUCCACGGCAUUGGACGUGAGAUCGAUGUAUUAUCCUAAUCUGUCCUUCCCUUUGUCCCUUGCAUCCUUAGAGUGGACGCCGAACGAAGAGGAUGCCAGUGACCUGAAGGUUUGGGAUGAUACCUGGGACCAGGCUGAUAUCGAGGACAAGUUUACCGAUGAUCUGAGGUUGGUCUGAGUUUUUUACCACUGAACUAUCCAGUUAAACUCCUUUUGACAGAGUCUUAUCCUCUUGCACACACUGCCACGAUUUUUGUCCGCUUUUUCACACGUUGACUUUGAUUCAUUUUGCGGGUAGACUCGUCUGUCAGACUGUCUAGUUGUUUACUUCUGACGUAUCUUAAUUGGAAGGGUUAGUGUGUGCUUUUUGCAAAAUUGGGAGUGUUUUGAGUAGAUACCAUUUUACUAACUCAGUUAUUAUAAAUUCAGCGGCGAUGCCCAUGUAAGCAUUGAGAAGUCUAAUUCGGCUAACGUACCGUUCUGAUUGGACAUCAGUAGCAAAAAUUUAAACGGCAAAUAGCUAGUAAGUACUGGGGAGAUUGUUCAGGGCGUUCAGAGGUCAGGGGUUAUAGGCUAGUCCUGUCGGGGCUUAAGGAGGGGGGAAGGUACCUGACAAUUAGCGAUGUAAAGUCAAGCUGGCAAACAUGUAUUCUCGGUAAUUCAUCAUCAGGCUCAUACAGUCACACAGAAAGUUAAAAUAUGAGAAGCCGACAACAAUUGUAAUUAUCUCAGGGCUUAUUAACACUCAUCGUUAUGUCUGUUUCGUCGGUGUAACGCGAAGUGCCAGGAGGUGUGAACACGCAUGUUGUGUCCAUCUUUGACCAGGGAGCCUUAGGUCCUGUUCAACCACCAUUCACCUCCAGCCGUGUGGACUCGGCCCCAACCCGUCCUAACUGCUAUCGUACAUUCAACUCACGCAUCGGCCUGACCGGUCACUUGCGAAUCCAUCGCACAGAGACUGGCGAACGGGUGCCUGGAGCACCAACAUACACUCGCCGCAUUUGCCCCCAUCGUCUACGCUGUCCACGCACAUUCAUUCAUCACACGGACCUAUUCAGCCACAUGCGUAUCCACGACAUCGGAAUUCACAGCAGUACCGACACACCUGGCACAUCUCACACAUCCCCCAUCCCCAGCCCAAUCAACUCCUCACCAUUCAAUGCGCCCAUCAUUAGCACCACCGCCACCAUCGAGACCGAUUGUACAGCGCCCGACUUAUCCUGCCCACGUUGUCACUACACAUUCACCUCACCCAUCGGCCUAGUCGGUCACUUGCAAAUCCAUCGCACAGGAACCGGCGAACCAAUGCCUGGAGCACCAACAUACACUAGACGCCAUUGCAUAAACUGCCUGAAUCGCUCCUGUACAUUAACUCAACUCAUGAGGCUAUUAGGCCACAUGUAUCUCCAUGAAAUCCUGCGUUAGCACACCGCCGGCGUCACCAUACCGUCACAUCUCUCCCCACAAGCACCUACACGGCACAUUACCACAUCCAGCAUCACACAACUCAAUCACUUUAUUGGCUCGUCUCUCCUAAAUUGGAAGUGUGUUCGUCGGCUCCUCUGCUGCAUUUGUAAUCCGAGCCUGUGACUAUCGCAGCACGCUAAGGGUUGUAGCUUGGAAGGCUGGCAACCGACGGCAUAACUAAGACCUCGCAGUCAACCCAGUGUGUUUGUGUGGAAUGCUCGACUGGUGGACUGAACCAGGCUGCAGUGGCCCCUUCUUCACGGGACCUCUGGCGCUCGCACGCAUGUGAACUGUAUGCCACCCAUCUCUUUUGCGCGAAAUCCUGAUUCUUGUGUUUAAGGGGUCAGGUUGUGUAUGUGGCACGCGCAGACGGGGUCAAUAACUAUGCCAGCCACUGUGUCCAUUCCUCGCACCAAACAACUGACAGCUCGGACAGCAGCUUGGGCCUGGGAAUGGGAAUAGAAAGCGAGGUCGAAGACUCAGCGCAUUUUCCUCAUUAUAAGCAAUCCGACGUGCUUGAGGCUAUCAUGGUGCGCUAGAAGCAGUGGCUUGGAAGGUUGCUCCUUGACGGUAUGACUCAGACCUCGCGGUCAACCCAGUGUUUGUGUGUGUAUGUGGAUUUGCGGACUGGUAGUCAGAGAGUCAGGCUGCAAUGGCUCCUUCUUAAUGCGGCCUCUAGGGUUGUCCCACUCAGCGGGGUCCAAGCAGACUCUCACCUCCGUUUGUUGUAUGAAAUCCUGGUCAGUGUGCUUUGAGGACCAAGGGUGUUGUGGUACGCCUGUGUGCGGGUUUACGCCGUCCCAGACACCUGCGUCCUCUCCCACCUUCGGUCUUCUGGACUCUGUCUUGACACCGGGCCCAGAUGGGUGAGGAGGAGAGAGUGCGGUGCAUGCAUCGCAAAUCUAUUAUCACUAUAAACUAAUUCACGUGCAAGUCACCGUCCCUGCUCGCACCUCGUUUGGGAGUACACGGUGGACCUCGUUGAAACCGACGGUCGAACUCUCAUAUAACCCUUAUGCAAGCACAAGGUUGGGUUGGCUAACAGUAUGGUCACUGCCUCUGCCGUCACAAGUAUCUGCUGACGCAGGAAUUAGGAGUGUCUCGCCGACACUAUAGGUGACUCGGGAUGCUUGGUUGACGACUACACGGUGGUCACUGUCGACCAAGUGAGUCUCAAUGGCGCUAGUGAUAGACUUUUUCAUACCUUAACUUAGUCAGACAGGACGGUGCUCUCACAUCUGCCCUGAUAGAUGUAUAAUUGUUCGACUAAUAUAAUCUGCCCUUCAGGAGCAAGUGAGGACGUAGAUUCACAUUAGAGAGUUGGAGUGCUGGAUAAAACUAGUCUUAUCUUAGUGGUUGGGUAUGUGCGCACUAUGGCAGCUUCUAAGCCCUGAUGUAGAAGUUCGCUCUCCGGGUCACCCGAAACGGCAGUAUGAUAAAUGUCUCCUCAGCCGUGGGCAUGUCCGAAUUCAAACGUAUCCCGUAGGCUAUGUGAUGCUACCUUGUGCCGGAUCGGCUUAAGCCUUUCUGACACAGCUGUCUGCAUAGAAGCCAUGAGCUCUUGGCUGCUCCAGGAUCCAUAAAGGGUAGAUGUUUGUCCGACUGCAGCUGUUCACUUACGCUUGUUCUUAGACUCCUAAUUUACACCCCGUCGCGUACGCGCGCCUUUUGAUUGGCCGACUUGCCUAGAUACUUCCACUCCUGUACUACGCAUCUUCCUUUUAAUACGUGCGGUUGUCUCCUUUGGACGUAACCGACCUCCUUAAGUGCCCUCACCUUAUGUUUGUCUUUCUCUGAUUGGGACGCAAGUACAACCCCUGGUGAAAUCACAACGGGCCUCUGCCUUGAAGUAAUUCACGUGUAGUCCAGGUCCUGGAGAAUUCGGACCUCAGAGCUAGCUUUUACUUGCAUUGCGUUGAGCUAUCACCGGUCUCCUAGGGUCAUUAUGCUUCACCUACUUAUAUCCUGCAUUUUCACGUAGUCUUUAUGCGCACUCGCACUGCAAGGCUCAAACUUUUGCCACUCCAAAUUUCAGACACUAUCGCUUAAAGACAUUUUUCCGGUGUCUAAUUGUUUUUUUCUCCUCUUCUUUUGGACAGACAUGAAAUGCAGCGUCUGGGCUACUUGUCGUAA